CUCGUCUAUCAACUUCCAGCAGUGAUCUUUAUGAACAAGAUAACUUUAUAUCCAAAACAAAAGAUAACUAUGAUUUUCACAAUUAUCUUAACCAACAGCAGCAAGCAUUGGCUUCAUUACCAAAUAUUGAUACAAAUACACGUCAUGCACGCACCCCGUCCACCUUAUAUCACCAGCAGCCAUCAGAAACCUACAGUCAUUCGACAGCACUCACUGCAUCUUUUGAUGAUGACUUACCUCCUCUUACAGCAGAUAUACAUACACCUGGUACACAAGCCACUCCUACUGAAUUUGCGCAUGCAUAUGAUAAAAAGAUUUAUAUCAAUCAUGUGCUUACUCCAGACCUAAUGAUGGACUUUCAACCGAUAAUGUCUUCUAUCUAUGAUGUAUUUACGCCCGAGGAGAUUCAACAACCACCCGAAGGCUGUGUCAUUUCUUCCCCCUCGCAAGAAGAUGUAUAUUCAUCCACUUCCUCUUCAGAACAACGACGCGAUUACUUUUGUAGCAUGGAGACGUCGCACCAUAUUUCACUAUUACAGCAACAAUUACAGCUUCAUAAUGAAACCGCCAGUAACAUCAUGAUGAAUAACUCUGUCUCAAAUUUACUCUUACUAUCCCCCCCUCCUGCAUUACUGCCAUCGGCCAAGAAAAGGGCUCAUUCGGAUUUAAUUGAUCAUCAAGACACUAUGGAGGAAAAUCGGAUCUUGACUUAUUCUAGUAAUCCUUCGCAUGUUACCUUGUCAAGUAAUUGUAGUAGUACUAGCAGUGAUUGUAGUAUAAAUAGUGACACUACAAAUCAUAUUGCAAAGAAACCUCGCUAUUCACCCUAA